AUGAAAACUUACUUGCCAUCAAACAAAACCCAACUUGAACAUCUUCUUCAAUCAUGGUCAUCAAAAGUUCCAGUCGAACGUGCUUUAACACUUCCAUCUGGCUUUUAUACAUCUCGGGAUCUCUUUGAACUUGAAAGAUAUGCCAUCUUUGGUCAAAAUUGGUUGUUAGCUGCACGAAAAUCUCAACUAAACAAUCCUGGAGAUUUUCUUACAGAUCGUUUUCUAUCAGAACCAUAUUUAAUAAAUCUUGACAAGUCAUCAACAUUGCUUGCGCAUUAUAAUGUUUGCUGUCAUCAUGGUAUGUGUUUAUUGAAAGAUAAACAAGGUCGUCUUGAAACAAAUGAGAUAGUUUGUCCAUAUCAUGGUUGGAUUUAUGAUCUUAAUGGUCGAUUAAAGAAAGCUUUUCGUUUAAAAACAAUCGAAGAAUUUAAAGCAUCAAAAAUUCGUUUGCAAACUAUAGGCAUUCAAACAGUUGGUCCAUUUAUUUAUUUGAAUUUUAACUUGUUAAACAAUGAUACCAUUAAAAAUGAUACAUCACAUCUCGAAUACAUACAUAGAAAAUAUUUGGCAUCAACAAAAUAUGAACAAUUAGAAUAUGUUUCACGAAAAAGUUAUCAUAUAAAAUGUAAUUGGAAAGUAUUUGUUGAUAAUUAUCUAGAUGGUGGUUAUCAUGUGCCUAUUGCUCAUAAACAACUAGGUUCAAUUUUAAAUUUAAAUGAAUAUAAAACUGUGAUAGAUCAUCCGAAAACAUCAGUGCAAUAUUGUACUGGUAGUCAACGAACAGAAGGCAAUGUCGUUUUUGCAUUUAUUUAUCCGAAUUUAAUGAUUAAUCGAUAUGGACCAUUUAUGGAUACAAAUUUAGUUGAACCAAUUGAUGAACGUAAUUGUGUUGUUCAUAUGGAUUAUUAUUAUUGUCCGAAAUCAACAACUAAAGAAGCUGAAGAAAAAUCACAAAAAGAUUCCGAAGUUGUACAAGGAGAAGAUAUUUAUUUAUGUGAAAAUGUCCAAAUUGGUCUUGAAUCGCAAGCCUAUGAUUCAGGUCGUUAUGUUCCAACUGUUGAGCAUGCCAUGCAUGAUUUUCACACAACUUUAUUUGAUCAAUUAGGAAACUAUUAUAACAAUCAUGUCGAAUAA